ACUCGAAAUGUUCCGAUAACCUAUCUUAAAGCAGAGAUCAGGGCUGAAAGAAGUUUAUAGUGAUUGUAGUGUUUUGACGCGGUCAAUCAGUGCGUCCAUUUGAUGAUCGUGUAUUACAAUGGCAACGUCGAAGAAUUUGAUUAAUUCACUAGACAGUACCGUGUCGGAAACUUUAUCGGGAUUAUCUUACGCAUAUCCGCAAUUAGAACAUUACGUAUCACACAGAGUCGUGCUGUCGCCAGAUUGCAGGGAUCGUAAAGAUAAAGUGGCGUUGAUUUGCGGUGGCGGUAGCGGACAUGAACCAUUUGCUGCAGGCUUUGUUGGGAGCGGCAUGUUGACGGCUUCUAUAGCGGGAUCCAUUUUUGCAGCACCACCGUCUAUACACAUCACACAUGCUCUUCAGUGCAUCGCAGAGAAUAACGAAGCUGGUAUUUUAGUCGUGGUGCCUAAUUAUACGGGAGAUCGUCUGAAUUUUGGUAUAGCAAUCAAGAAGGCUCAACAAGCGGGCGCCAAGGUGGAGGAAAUAAUUGUCAGCGACGACUGUAGCAUUCCUGAGAAUGAGCAGAGCGUCGCCGGUGGACGCGGGUUGGUGGGCAUGUUAUUCGUUAUCAAAAUCGCCGGCGCUUUCGCCGAAAGAGGAUCUCCCUUGCGUGAAGUAGCGGAAGUUGCGCAAUGCGUUUCACAAAACACAGCAACUUUCGGGGUCGGGCUGUCCGCCUGCGCCAUACCAGGUCAAGGUCUGAUGUUCGAGCUUGCACAGGACGAGAUAGAAUGCGGGAUGGGUGUGCACGGAGAGGCGGGAUAUGAGAGAAUCAAGCUCAAAACCGCGUCCGAAUUGGUAGCGCUAAUGUUGCAGCGCAUUUGCGAGGCCUUAUCUUUAGCUGCUAAUGACUCGGUCGCAGUGAUAGUUAAUAACUUCGGUGCUUUAAGCCAACUGGAGCAGGGAAUCGUCGUUUAUGAGAUUGUAAAUCAACUUCGGAAUAAGAACAUAGAGCCUGUUCGCGUAUAUUCCGGCGUUUUAAUGACAUCUUUGAAUAGCGCCGGUAUACAUAUAAGUUUGUUAAGAUUGACCGAAAGUCACAGGGAUACAUUUGUCAAGUGUCUUGACGACGAAACGAUGGCACCUUGCUGGCCAGGCCGCAGCUAUAGCAUCCCUUCGACUAUUACACGCACCCCGUUUAAAACCGCGGAAAGGAAGAAAGUCGAGAAGACAGGGAUAUCCUUAAACGAUCGGGAGCAGGGUUUAAUUAAAUUAUGUUUGAAAAACGCAUGUACAGCUAUUAUCGAGAAGGAGACGCACCUCAACGAGCUCGACCGCGGUUGCGGGGACGGAGACUGCGGUUCGACACUAAAAAGAUUGGCCGAUAAUAUCUUGAAUAAUUUGGACGAAUUGUCUCUAUCACAUCCAGUGGCAUUAUUGUCGGAAAUAGCGAAUAUAGCGGAGGAAUGUAUGGGUGGGACUUCUGGAGCUCUCUACUGUUUAUUUUUCACGACCGGCGCGAAAGAAUUGACGUUAUUCAAACAAAGUUAUUCAAACAAAGAAAAUCUGCGAUAUAUCUGGUUUUGCACGUUUCGCAGCGGACUGAACUGUUUGGAGAAAUACGGAAAAGCGAAGGCUGGAAACAGGUCAAUGAUUGACACAAUGGAUGCGACACUUAAGAUGUAUGAAAAAUUGUUAAACGCAUAUCCGAGUGAAUUUUAUGAGAAAAUAAUUGCGGCGGCACGGAAAGGAUGCGAUUCUACGAAAAAUAUGAAACCCAUAGUGGGACGAGCUAGUUACAUAAAACAAGCUCAAUAUUUAACAGAAGUGGAUGCAGGAGCGUAUGCCGCAGCAACGUGGAUCACAGCUAUUGCGCAAACAAUCGCGCAAUUUAGCAAUUAGCGUGUUUACUAUUUUUUUUUUUAACUAACAAUUAUACUUGAGUCAUCGCCAAUAAACAAUAGAGACAAAAAUUGA